AAGCUUGGGCGACAGGAAAAGGAAUCUCUUUUCUACACCUGUCUCUCAAAGGAACACGCUGGCCCCGCUCGCUCGCGUUCAUCAGUCUAUAGGCCGGCAUCGGUGGAUUUUUGGUGUUUCAUGGUGCGCUUUUAACUCUGAUACGGCCACGUGAUAUUGCCGAUUCAACGUAUACCGGAUCACAGUGACCGAAGAAACCUUCCUCCUCAGCGCAAGCUGAUUGCCUGAGGUGCUACCCACCUUGGAAGUCCACGAGUUCCCUGUCCGUACCGCCAGGACAUCACCGCCAUCGGUUUCUCUGCCAUCAUCGCCAAGCCACCUAAGAGCGGCAAGGUGGAGCCAGGUCAAUCAGAUGAGAGCAUGUGGGUGAGUUACCUGGCCGUUUUGCCGGGUGUUCAUGAACUCAACGGUGUUUGGAUGGAGGCCGGUCGUACCAACACGAAAAGCUUGAAAUUUGGCAAGAAAUGCAAACCUGGUGGUCUCAAACAGGAUCCCUGGGGCGAGAUUGAAGAAACUCGUUUCGAGCACACCUUCACGCGGCCACCGGCCUUGUUGACCACCAUUCAGACGGUGAACAACGAGAAAGGCUUGCCGUCCAACUCACGGCCUUGGUUGACAGUUGCUGUGCAGCGGGUGAAUGAGGAUAGCACUAAGGUCGCCUUGGAGAUGUCUGAAACGACCGAGUACGGGAAGGUUGAUGAGCGCGAGAAAGUGGGCUGGAUCGCCAUCGAGCAAGGCAUUCACACUCUCUUAGGUUCCACAGGCUGGAGUCAUAGAGCUUUGAAUCUGAAGAUGAUGUAUACAACAACGGAUCAACGCGGAUCAACAAUUCUUUCGUGUUGAAUGUUCAUGCGUGUGGUUUGUAUAACUCAUAUUGCUGUCAGAAGGAGGUGGCG